AUGCUUGCCACACUGACAGAUAUCACCAAUGUGCAAGCGACGCUCCCGCAACCCCCAAAGGGGAAGAUUGCGGCGGUAAACGUGGCUCCUGUAGCCCCUGCAGUGGUUCGACGCACCGUUGCUCAACACAACCCGUACAAGUGGAAGUGCUUGCCUGCAGGCACUCACUCCGCUGCUGACAUGAUGGCGGAUAUGGAAGAUGCUUAUACGCUGCCUGCGCACGAGCUAUUUCAGGAAAAAGAGGACCGUGCCCCUCCUGCUCCUGGCGGGCCAUCGGUGUGCAACACCCUUGUGCAGUUCAAGUGCCAUCAAGCUGAAUUUGUGUCAUCGAUGGAGGUGGAUAAAGGCCAGUACGUUGUGGUUCAGGGCGACCGAGGUAUCGAUAUCGGGGUUGUGAUCCGCGUCAACACAAGCUCUCAAAAAACGUAUGUGGAACGCACAGGCCCUGUCGGGAGCAUUUUGCGCCACGCCACCCAACGCGAAGUGGACUACUGGGCAACCGAUCUGAAAGAUGCUGAGGCGAUGGCCGCUGCCUUCUGUCAGGCAAAGGCACGCUCGCAUGGCCUGCCGAUGGAGAUUGCGUACGCAGAGUACCAGUUUGACAAGAAAAAGCUGACUUUCUAUUACGAGGCCCGGACACGCAUCGAUUUUGUGCAGCUUCUGAAGGAACUCUACCGCGAAUAUGGCUGCCGUAUCUGGAUGGAGAAACUUCGCAAUCACGAGUAA